AUUGUGAAUCGGCACGGUCCUGAGGCAGACAGGCAUUUAUUACGCUGCCUGUUUUCACAUGUGGAUUUCAGUGGCGAUGGUAAAAGCAGUGGCAAAGAUUUUCAUCAGACUCAGUUUCUGAUUCAGGAGUGUGCAUCACUGAUUACAAAGCCAAAUUUUAUCUCAACGCUGUCCUAUGCCAUUGAUAAUCCGUUGCACUAUCAGAAGAGUUUAAAGCCUGCACCCCACUUAUUUGCCCAGCUGAGUAAAGUUCUCAAGUUAAGCAAAGUACAAGAGGUAAUUUUUGGCCUUGCCCUGCUGAAUUCUUCCAGCUCAGAUCUUAGAGGUUUUGCUGCCCAGUUUAUCAAACAGAAGCUUCCAGAUCUUCUGCGUUCUUACAUUGACGCAGACGUCAGUGGAAAUCAAGAAGGUGGCUUCCAAGACAUAGCAAUAGAGGUUCUACACCUCCUCCUCUCCCAUCUCCUCUUUGGGCAGAAAGGAGCCUUUGGAGUUGGACAGGAACAGAUAGACGCUUUUCUUAAGACACUACGCAGAGGAUUUUUGAACCCGAGUUUGAAUUUCAAGGAAGUAACUUAUGAACUAGACCAUCCAGGGUUUCAAAUUCGUGACAGUAAAGGACUUCAGAAUGUGGUUUAUGGCAUUCAGAGGGGUUUGGGUAUGGAAGUGUUCCCAGUAGACCUCAUUUAUAGACCUUGGAAACAUGCAGAAGGCCAGCUCUCCUUCAUUCAGCAUUCCCUUAUAAAUCCGGAGAUCUUCUGUUUUGCUGACUAUCCCUGUCAUACUGUUGCCACGGAUAUUCUGAAAGCACCACCAGAGGAUGACAAUCGAGAAAUUGCCACAUGGAAGAGCUUGGAUUUGAUUGAAUCUCUGCUAAGGCUCGCAGAAGUUGGGCAGUAUGAGCAAGUCAAACAGCUCUUCAGCUUCCCUAUCAAACACUGUCCAGACAUGCUGGUAUUGGCCUUACUACAAAUCAACACCUCCUGGCACACGUUGCGCCAUGAACUCAUCUCCACUCUGAUGCCAAUUUUCCUUGGAAACCAUCCUAACUCUGCUAUUAUUUUGCACUAUGCAUGGCAUGGGCAGAGGAUGGUUUUGCCAGAUAAAGGAUUCCUGAUUGAUAUUCCUUUUCUUUCAACACUUUGA